CUCACCUGCUGUGCUCUUGCUUGCGCAGUGUCCAAGAGCUAAACCUGGCCCUGGGUUUCCAGGAACCGGUUUGACUAAAGGCAGCAAGCUGCUUCCUCUGGUCCCUGAGAUACCAGAUUCCAAAUGGCGAAGAUUGAGAAAAAUGUUCCCACUAUGGAAAAAGAGCCAGAACUACUUAACAUCCUGGAAGUAGAUGGAGUCCCUUUGCCGGUAUUAUCCAAAGAAUGGUGGGAUAAAAUCUGUAAUUUCCAAGCCAAGCCUGAUGAUCUUAUUCUGGCAACUUACCCAAAGUCAGGGACACAUUGGAUGCAAGAAAUUUUAGACAUGAUUCAAAAUGAUGGUGAUGUGGAGAAAUGCAAAACAGACCAUUCUCUACACAGACAUCCUUUCCUUGAACUGAAAUUUCCCCAUAAAGAAAAACCAGAUUUGGAGAUUGCUCUUGAAAUGUCCUCACCACGACUGAUAAAAACACAUCUCCCUUCACAUCUGAUUCCACCAUCUAUCUGGAAAGAAAAUUGCAAGAUUGUCUAUGUGGCCAGAAAUCCCAAGGAUUGCCUGGUGUCUUACUACCACUUUCAGAGGAUGGCUUCCUUUUUGCCUGAUCCUCAGAACUUAGAGGAAUUUUAUGAGAAAUUCAUAUUAGGAAAAGUUUUAUACGGGUCCUGGUUUGACCAUGUGAAAGGAUGGUGGGCUGCAAAAGACACACACCGGAUCCUCUACCUCUUCUAUGAGGAUAUAAAAAAAAAUCCAAAACAUGAGAUCCACAAGGUGUUGGAAUUCUUGGAGAAAACUUUGUCAGAGGAUGUUGUAAACAAGAUUGUCCACCAUACCUCAUUUGAUGUAAUGAAGGAUAAUCCCAUGGCCAACCACACUGCGGUACCAUCUCACGUAUUCAAUCACUCCAUCUCAAAAUUCAUGAGGAAAGGGAUGCCUGGAGACUGGAAGAACCAUUUUACUGUGGCUAUGAAUGAGAACUUUGAUAAGCAUUAUGAGAAGAAGAUGGCAAGAUCCACACUGAACUUCUGCCCAGAUAUCUGAGAGGAACAACAACAAAAUAAGAGACAGAGACUAUGCCAACUAUUUUGUCUUUUAUUCUGUUGGGCAAGGAACUGUGAUUGAAUAUGGAACAUAUGAGCCUCAGUCCAUCUCCUAUAGGGUGGCUAGUCUGCUAUACUAUUAAAACAUGAUUUAAAAUAUCAACAAACCAGCUAUUCCAGUAAAAAAAAAAAAAAAGAAAAGAAAAUUAGAGAGCAGAGUCUGCCUACAUGAGCUUUUUAUUUUCUUGAGUACAGGUAUAUUUUAUUGUGCAUGACAGAUAAAGCAAAAACAAACAAUUGCAUCAUGCAUUCCCAUGUGUGAUCCCAAGUAGACGUCACAACAAAAUCAUGCAUAGGUAUUAGAAGCCACAUUAUUAAGAGAAAAUACAACACCUUGGAGUGAACAUUCUAUACUUUUAUGUAUAAAUAAUAACUUCCAAGAUUAAAGAACUCAUAAGUAGGUUUUAGAGUCACCGUUUAUGUAACAGAAUGAUAUAAAAAUAAAUUUACUACUGCAAAAUAUCAAUCAAUUGGAAAAUGAUUAGUCCUCUAAAUUUGUCUUGUAACUAAUUUUCUUAAUCAAAAGAGUCUGAGUUGGAGAAAUCAGGCAGUGACUAUCCCUGAAAAAAAUCUUCCCAUGAAAUAAAUAAAAUGCAUAAUGUAUCUCAUCUAUAAAAUGAGAUCUGGGACAAAUGCAU